AUGUGUAAUGUGCAAGGUCACAUUGCAUCUAAUUGCCCCAAAAAUUCCAGUGAAAUGUCAAUUGAGGAGGCCAAUGCAUUCUACACCUCUAAUCCUAAAAGGUCGUAUGAUCCUCAUUCAAACACAUACAAUGAAGGGUGGAGAAAUCAUCCGGACUUCUCUUAUAUGAACACUCAAGCUCAAUUGAAUUCUCCACCACCACCACCUAGUUUUCAAGCAAGGGCAUCUUUUAAUCACCAACCCAUGAAUCAACAACUACCACCGCAAACUUCAAAAUACAAUCUUGAUUCCAUUAUGGAGACUUUCACUACUUCCCAACUUCGACAGCAAGAGCUUAUGACAAAGCAAUUUGAGCUACAAGCAAAGCAAAAUGAACAAUUUGAAAGCUCGAUUCAAAUGCUUAUUGCUCAAAAUAAGAGGAUAGAAACUCACCUUUCUCAACUUUCACAACAAGUGAGUCAUUUAUCAACUCUUCAUAAUCAAGCAAAAGUCCAAAAGGAACAAUGCAAUGCAGUUUUCUUGAGAAGAGAUGAACUAUUUUCGAGGAAAAUAGAUGAGAAAGUGUGCAAUGUGGAGUCAAGGAAAGAUGAAAAGUGUGAGGAUGUAAAUAGUCCCAAAUAUGUUGCUCCACCGGCCUAUGAGGAACUGAUGCCCUUCCCACAAAGGUUGUCAAAAGCUGUGCUCGAUAAACAUUUUGGGAAAUAUUGCGAGACUCUUAAAAAGGUACAUGCUUCCAUUCCUUUUUUUGAUCUUUUAAUUCAAAUGCCUCAAUUUGCAAAAUUUGUGAAGGAAAUUAAAGAUCAACAUGAUGAUAAGGAAGUAGUAAAUGAGAAAUGCUCUACUCUUUUAAGUGAUUGCCUACCACCUAAGCUGCAUGAUCCUGGUAGUUUUACCAUUCCCUGUAUGAUAAACGAAAUAUUUUUUGAUAGGGUCUUGUGUGAUUUAGGUGCUAGCGUAAAUUUAAUGUCUUAUUCAUUAUAUGAAAAAUUAGGUUUGCAAAAACUUAAACCUUCCCCUAUUUUUCUUCAAAUGGCUGAUAGGACUGCUAGACUCCCUAAAGGUGUGGUUGAGGAUGUAUUAGUUAAGGUUGGUGAACUUGUUUUUCCUGUUGAUUUUGUUGUUAUGGAUAUGAAAGAAGACCAUAAGAUCCCGAUUAUAUUUGGUCGCCCAUUCCUUGCCACAAGUUAA